AUGGAGGGACAUAUGGAGGGUUGUCAAUAUUUGGAUGUUGAUAGUAUGGAAGGAUUAGAGUCUUUAGAUGUUGAUAAUAGGGAAGGAUCGGAGUCAUUGGAUGUUGAUACUAUGAAAGGAUUGGAGUCAUUGCAUGUUGAUAGUACGGAGGUAAAAAACGAAGCACUUGAUGUGGAAGGCAUGAUAUGUGAAGGUGGGUGUAUCAAACAAAACUCAGAGCAGUUUAUGUCUCCCUUGAACUCAAUAGGUACAUUAGAGACAGUAGUGGGGAGUAAUAAUGUUAGUGGAAUGAAUAUUGUUGAACCUCCCAAGAUUGGAAUGAUAUUUAAGAGUUGGCAAGAUGUGGAAUCAUACUACAAAGAAUAUGCUCAGCAACAAGGAUUUGGAGUGACAAGGGCACAAGGUGUAUAUUCUAAAGGCGAAGUUAGAGACCAUAUUGCAACCACAUGGAAGUGUGAAUGCUGGGACAGACCAGAUAUGAGAGCGGUGAGGGAAGCAAAGAAGAGAGCUAAGGCUAUGGAUGUAUCUGGUUCGGUAGUUGGUGAUGUUGGGUGUGUUGAAGACCUAAGGCAACGCAAGAGAAAGUCAAAAAAAUGUCCGUGUCAAGCUAAGUUGUAUGCUAGUCUUAACCAUGACGGGGAGUGGGAGAUAAAGAAAGUGCAGCUAGAACAUACCCAUGAUCCAACACCACGGAAAGCAAAGUUAGUGAAAGAGUAUAGGAUGAGGAAAUUUAACUCUAGAGCUCGUAAGAACUUGCUUAACUUUUAUGAACAAGGUGUGCCAGUUACACAAAUUCAUGGGUGCUUUGCUUCUCAAGCGAAUGGAAACCUUGAGUAUACUGUGAAAGACUUACAACAUGAGUUUUACAAGGCAAGAAGGAAGAAAACCGCUGGAGACCGGGAGGGUAGGUUGAAGGAUGUCAUAUGGGUUGAUGGGCGUAGUAGGGCCGCUUAUGAAGAAUUUGGCGAUGUUGUCUGCUUUGAUGCUACAUACAUAACAAAUGAGUAUCAAUUACCAUUUGUUAAUUUUGUGGGAGUAAACCAACACGGUCAAACAAUACUACUGGGAUGUGCAUCGGUUGCUCAUGAGGACAUCGAUACAUUUAGAUGGAUAUUCCAGGAGUGGUUGUCAUGUAUGAAUAACAAGGUCCCUGUAGCAAUUCUGACUGACCAAGCCGCUGCAAUGAGAGGGACCAUAGAGGAGGUGUUGCCUUCGAUGCGUCAUCUAUGGUGCAUAUGGCACAUUAUGCGCAAAAUUCCCGAGAAACUAGGGAAAUGUGAAAGGUACAAAGAUUUUAAACCGGUUCUAAAGGCAGUUGUAUAUGAAAGUUUGAAUGUGGAAGAGUUUGAAAGUAGGUGGGUUUUGCUUAUUAGAGAAUAUGACUUGGAAAACAAUGAUUGGCUCUCAAGCCUAUACACUGAAAGGCACAUGUGGGUUCCUGCUUUCAUGAGAGACUACUUUUGGGCUGGUAUGAAGAAAACUCAGCGGGUGGAAAGUAUUACUAGUUUCUUCGAUGGUUUUGUGAAUCGGAAGACAAAGCUAUUUGAAUUUCCUGCCAAGUAUGCGAUGGCCAUGAGGAAGCGAGUUCGUGAUGAGUCAGCUGCAGAUGCAAAUUGUGCGAAAUAUGUAAGACGACUAGUCACUGGUUUCACGGCGGAGAAGUUUUUUCAAGGGUUGUACACAGACACUAAGUUUCGAGAGGUUCAAACAGAAUGUACUCGAAUCAUGCAUUGCUAUUCUAAGGAGAAGAAGAUGUUGGAUGCAAACAUAAUUGAGUAUGAAGUCGAAGACCGUGUAUGGAGUAUACCAGAAGGGAAAAGUGAAGAAGUCCUAACGGAUAGAAAGAAUCAUGUUGUCGAAAUACCUCAAAAAUACGUGGUGAACCGAUGGCGCAAGGAUAUUAAAAGGAAACACACCGAAGUUGAGGUGUCUUACCACAACUCGGAUGAAGAUGAGGUCAUGAAAAAAUACAAUAAGUUGUUGGGUGAGUUUGAAGAGUUAUUUGAUGAUGCUGAUUUGGUGAAUGAUGAAGCUGUAGAAUUGGUAAGUAAUGCUUUGAAGCACAUACGAAAUGAAUUGGAACAAUGUAGGCUUAAGAAGGCAGCAGAGAGUGUUUCAAUGUCAUGUCCGGAGCAAGGGAAAGUAUCCGGAUUGGAUGCUAGUGACACUCCGAACACCAUGGCUAUGCCAAAUACUAGAGAUGACACUGAAUUGGAGGAUCAAGUUGUGACUGUGAAAGAUCCUGUAAGAAAUAAAUCACCACGUGGGCGGCUAUACACCGAAGAGUACACUAAAACGGAGGAUCAAGUUAUCACUGUGAAAGAUCCUGUUAGAAUUAAGAAACCCCGUGGGCGUCCAAAGGGUUCAAGAAAUAAGACUCUUGCUGAAAUGAUACAAGGCAAGAUAAGGAAGAAUACUUCAGGGGUCAAAGGCGAGAAAGCUAAUGUUGGGCGAGCUGGUAAAGCAAAGAACAAGGAACAAACUGGUACACAUAAGAAAACUGGAAGACCAACAACCAAAAACCCGAUUGAAGGGAUUGUGAAGUUGUUAAAUGAGCUUGUGCCGAUAAAGGAGCUGUUAAGAACCGAAAGAUUUAUCAUUAGGAAGAGGAAGGCGGAAAAUGACCAGCGUAAGGCCGAUAACCAAAAGCAAGCUGCUACAAAGUCAUUGAAUGUAUGA